CCUUUGCUUCUCUCCUUGUUCAUACAUCAUUUUUCUCUGUCUCUGUUAUCACAAUCAUAUAGAUCAUACAGUUGAAAUGCAGUUGCAGUACUAACAGUUUUUGAUCGACAUCGAGCGAAUCAUGCGAAGGUUUCUUCCCCGAGAGGGAGAGCCCGCAGUGAGUUGGAUUUGGAACUCCGAACAACUUGAUUAAUAUUCGAGCGAGAGGGAGGACGGCCCACAGAGGGGAGAGAAUGAGACGAGCGGAAGUCAGCACGUUCAUAUAUUUGAUGUCGUCCUCGCCCGAGCAGUAUGUUCUUGCAGCAAGCGCAUGAACCAAUAUGUGUCGCUUUGCCACUUCGUUUCUGCGUUUUUUGAUUCUUGCUGAAUGUGAACACCCACGAAGACAAGAUACGAAAACUUGUUCGAAUCACUUACUACACAGUGGCAAGAACGUCCUCGAACACCUCGAGUAAAAAUUAUUUUUUUCUUUUCACAAUUCGUUCAGUCAUUCUCUUUGUUUCCGUCGCCGAAUACAAGAAAACAUACAUUGACAUUCGGAUUAGCCACAAAAAUUUCUGAGCGCAACAAGAAAAACAACCACGAAUACACGAUGGUCGUCACGCCAACCACCAGCACCCACCGCAUCCCGGUGUCCGGAGCGGCAACUGCGGUGCCACCGGGAAUGCCCCGCUUGUCGCCGGUCGGUCCACCUUCGGGCGCUGCCGGCGGCCUGGGUCCCGGGCCGACCUUGAAGCCCGCCUACGUUUCCGCAACCAAGAGAGCAUCGCCGGUUGUGGGCUCCUUGUCCGAGUCGACGUCCGCAGUCGGCCGCAUGGCGCAAGAGUACUGGAAAAAAGAGCAGGACCGCGAGCAGCGAGAAAGGAAACGGGAAUUCAACCGCGACGCAAUUGACCAGAAUCCCUCCAGCAAGCCGUUCUCCAUGUCCACCAGACCAUCGUGAUCGCGGCCGCGGUGUUGUUGAUCGGCGAAGGGCGUUAGUUUAUUGGUUUAGACCUUUCUUGAGUUCGAACAAGUAGCACAAGAUUGAUAAAUGAAGCAUAUGCAAGUUGCUUGUCGCGGCCGCGCAAUGAAAAUGAUAAUGAACCGCCAAGAAAUGCACCGGCACUGAUGUUUCAGUUUCUGUUUCAAGAAACCCUACUUCUCAUCAAAAUCUAUGAGUUACAAUAAAGACAAACUUAGCCUCACUACCGCACUGAAGUCGAUGAAUUCAAAGCGCAAAAAAUGUAGACGUUCCGUCGCUCCCGGGGAAGCGGCAAGUGAAAACGGUUUGAUGCUUUAAAAUUGCAGGUUGAACGAGUUUGUUUAGAAACAAAUUCUGCUCAGCCUCUGUCCGCGGGUCUUCCGAAAAUAUGCGCGCGAGUUGGGCCGCUGGUGCAUCCUGCUCCUGCAUAAGCAUCUUGUUUCUGGUCGUUGGCAAAAAUCGUCGUGGUGUUCUUCAGGAAUAUCUGGCCGACAAUGAUUUUUAUGAUGAAGUAACUUAUACAUAUACAAGAUUUAUUCGGUCUCAGGUUUUUUGCCGACUUCGUUGUCGUUAGGUGUCGCUUCCGGUCUUCUGGUC